AUGUGCACCAUAUCAAAUGUUUUAGCAUUGUACACCAUAUCAAAUGUUUUAGCAUUGUACACCAUAUCAAAUGUUUUAGCAUUGUACACCAUAUCAAAUGUUUUAGCAUUGUACACCAUAUCAAAUGUUUUAGCAUUGUACACCAUAUCAAAUGUUUUAGCAUUGUACACCAUAUCAAAUGUUUUAGCAUUGUACACCAUAUCAAAUGUUUUAGCAUUGUACACCAUAUCAAAUGUUUUAGCAUUGUACACCAUAUCAAAUGUUUUAGCAUUGUACACCAUAUCAAAUGUUUUAGCAUUGUACACCAUAUCAAAUGUUUUAGCAUUGUACACCAUAUCAAAUGUUUUAGCAUUGUACACCAUAUCAAAUGUUUUAGCAUUGUACACCAUAUCAAAUGUUUUAGCAUUGUACACCAUAUAA